AUGGACCUAUGCAGUCGCUGCCGAAACGUACUUGCAGAGGGACAUACACGCGCAGUCCGCAAGUCUCGGUGCAGGAUCUUCGACGGAGGAGCCUGUGAACCGUGCCGCGAGCUACAAGAUCUGGAUACGCAAAUUUCACAAGUGGAAGCCUUUCUGGCCCACCUCAGAGAACGUCGACCUUCGAUUAAAGCGAAGCAGAAUCGAGCGCACGACCCUCUAUCACGAACUUUUCCCCCCGAAGUCAUAUCGCGCAUCUUCAGCUUCCAUGUGUUCUCCUCCGGAGAGAGCGUGGAUUUAGAGUCAUACGAUUCGCCGUUAGCCCUCGGAGCUGUAUGUCUCACCUGGAGAAAAAUCGCAUGGGAGACGCCCGGCCUUUGGUCUUCGUUGACGUUUAAGGUCGACAAGCCUGUAGCCUAUGUGACCUUUGUCAGCCGAAUGAAGCUCUUCGAACAAGGCUUCGCCCGCUCAGGAAGUCUACCAUUAUCCUUCAAGCUUCAAAGCUUCACCAUCCAUUCACCAUGGGACCGGGAGAAUCACGAGUCGAAACUCGACCACGACGACGCUUGGAAGACAUUUGCCAGCAUCCUCAACCGAUAUUCAGAGCGCUGGCGCUCAUUCGACAUCCGAAUCUCGACUUGGGAUUUAUUUUACAUAACCCCACAACUGAGGCGUGGCUUCCCCAAUCUUCUCCACCUUUCCCUAAUUCCCAACAAAUUCGACUACCGUCAAAAGCUCCAGAUUUUCGGGUCUUCCAGCGCCAUCGACAUCCCUGCACCGUCCAUCGUGAAACUUGCGCGUCUGCGAUUCGACGACAUCAAGAUCUCUUGGAUGGUUAUAUCACCCCUCUCAUCCACCAACAACUUAAAGUGCUGGACUGCUUGGACGUAA